AUUUGUGAGGAACGAGCUGAAGAUGUUCAAGAGGAUUCUUAGUCCAGAACUCCCAGAAGGCUUUGAGAGUCAGAAGCAGGAUAAGGAAGUGGUGGACCCUGAAGAUGAGAAGCAGGAGAGCAGUGCCAGAGAGGGGCUCUGAAGAUCACACUGCACAUCCUGAGGAAAAUGAACCAGAUGGAGCUUGCUGACACACUGGAGAAAUAUUCAGAUGAUCCUUCUGUGAUUUGCCAACGUGAACUCAAAUCUAAUCUAAAGAAGAAGUUUCAAUGUGUAUUUGAGGGGAUCGCUAAACAAGGAAACCCAACACUUCUCAAUAAGAUCUACACAGAGCUCUACAUCACAGAGGGUGGAACAGGAGAGGUCAAUAAUGAACAUGAGCUGAGACAGAUUGAGACAACAACCAGGAAACAAGCAAGACCAGAGACUGCAAUCAAAUGUAACGACAUCUUCAAACCCUUAACUGGACAAGACAAACCUAUCAGAACUGUGCUGACAAAGGGAGUUGCUGGCAUUGGAAAAACAGUCUCUGUGCAGAAGUUCAUUCUGGACUGGGCUGAAGGAAAAGCAAAUCAGGAUGUCCAAUUUGUAUUUUCAUUCCCUUUCCGGGAGCUGAAUUUGAUGAAAGGGGACAAACAAACUUUGAUUGAACUUCUCAAUCACUUCUCAAUGGAAACCAAACAAUCAAGAAUCUCCAACUACGACAAGUACAAAGUUCUGUUCAUCUUUGAUGGUCUGGAUGAGUGCCGACUGCCCCUAGACUUCCAGAAGAACAAGAUCUGUUGUGACGUCACAGAGUCAACCUCAGUGGAUGUUCUGCUAACAAAUCUCAUCAAGGGAAAUCUGCUUCCCUCUGCUCUCCUCUGGAUAACUACCCGACCUGCAGCAGCCAAUAAGAUCCCUUCAGUGUGUGUUGACCAGGUGACAGAGGUACGAGGGUUCAAUGACCCACAGAAGGAGGAGUACUUCAGGAAGAGAUUCAGUGAUGAGGACCUGGCCAGCAGAAUCAUCUCACACAUAAAGACAUCAAGGAGCCUCCACAUCAUGUGCCACAUUCCAGUCUUCUGUUGGAUUUCAGCAAUAGUCCUUGAACACAUGCUGAAACAUAAGAGAGAAGAGAUGCCCAAGACUCUGACUGAGAUGUACACACACCUUGUGGUGUUUCAUACCAAACAGAAGAAUGAAAAGUAUCUUGGGAAAGAAGAGACAGGUCCACACUGGAAUAAAGAGAGCAUUCUGUCACUGGGAAAACUGGCUUUUCAACAGCUUGUGAAUGGCAACCUAAUUUUCUAUGAAGAAGACCUGAAAGAGUCUGGUAUUGAUGUCAGUGAAGCCUCAGUGUACUCAGGAUUGUGCACACAGCUCUUUAAAGAGGAACGUGGGCUGUACCAGGAAAAGGUGUACUGCUUUGUUCAUCUGAGCAUUCAGGAGUUUCUGGCUGCUGUAUAUGUGUUCCUCUCAUUCAUCAACAACAAUGAGAAUCUAAUGGAUGAACUGCAAACAAAAGACGAGUCUGAAGUUACUUUCUACAAGAGUGCUGUGGAUAAAGCCUUACAAAGUGAGACAGGAAACCUGGACCUUUUCCUCCGCUUCCUUCUGGGCCUCUCACUGGAGUCAAUCAGAAGCACUUACGAGGUCUACUGA